AUGGCUACACCAGCAGGACCCGAAUCGACUGAACAUGUUGUCCCCUUUCCUGAACCAACAAUUAUUCCCCCGCGAAGCAAACAUACGCACACCCUCAUCCUUCUCCAUGGCCGAGGCGGUGCUGGUCGUGAGUUCGGCGCUGAGAUUAUAACUACAGAACUAUCUGCUCCAAGCCCUGAUAACACUCUUCCCAAACGCUUUCCAGGACUAAAAUUCAUAUUCCCAUCUGCAAAGACGACCUAUUCAUCUCAGUGGGAGAUAUAUCUCCCGCAAUGGUUUGACCGAGGCCCAAUUGGUUCAGCGGCCCAGAAGCAUAAUGAUUUACUAUACGCAGGGCUACGAGAAUCGACAAGGUAUCUAACGUCACUAAUUGACGCCGAAGUUGAACUCGUUGGCGCGAGUAAUGUGGUUAUUGGAGGACUGAGCCAAGGUUGUGCGCAGAUGUUUCAUGUUUUACUUAGCUAUGCGAACGACGAGCACCGCGCCUUGGGUGGACUGGUGGGUAUGAGUGGAUGGCUGCCCUUUAAGGAAGAAAUAGCCAAACUCAUACCUGGCAGCCAAACAGAACAGCAACAUGAGGGUGGGAAAGAGGAUGGCAAGUUGGAUAAGGAAUCGCGGCGUUCUGUAGCCCUGAAAGCUAUGAAUUUUGUUCGCGUAUCAGUUUUGGAUUUGCCUCCGGUUACAGAAGAAGCUGCUGAAGCUGCUCUAUCAACUCCGAUUUGGCUAGCCCAUGGGGACAUGGACAGCACAGUCAAGCCGGGACUAGGAGAAGCCGCAUCGAAUACAUUUGAACGUCUCGGAUGGGACGUGACAUGGAUGCUUUAUGAGGAACUCGAACAUUGGUUUGCUCCGUUCGAGUUGGAAGACAUGGCUAUCUUUUUGAGUACGAGAGCAGACAUACCAGAGGCGGACUAG